UGGACCCGCCGAUGGCCCCGAGCGCGCGGCCCGCGCUCGCGCUCCUGCUGCUUCUGGCCGCGGGCGUGGGAGGCCAGGAGCAGGACCAGACCACCGACUGGAGGGCCACGCUGAAGACCAUCCGGAACGGCAUCCACAAGAUCGACACGUACCUGAACGCCGCCCUGGACCUGCUGGGCGGCGAGGACGGGCUCUGCCAGUACAAGUGCAGCGACGGAUCGAAGCCUGUUCCACGCUAUGGAUAUAAACCAUCCCCACCAAAUGGCUGUGGCUCUCCAUUGUUUGGUGUUCAUCUUAACAUUGGCAUCCCUUCCCUGACCAAGUGCUGCAACCAGCACGACAGGUGCUAUGAGACCUGCGGUAAGAGCAAGAAUGACUGCGAUGAGGAGUUCCAGUACUGCCUCUCCAGGAUCUGCCGAGACGUACAGAAGACCCUGGGGCUUGCCCAAAACGUUCAGGCAUGUGAAACCACAGUGGAGCUCUUGUUCGACAGUGUCAUACAUCUAGGCUGUAAGCCGUACCUGGACAGCCAGCGAGCCGCAUGUUGGUGUCGUUAUGAAGAAAAAACAGAUCUUUAGAGAUCCUGACAGCUGUUGGACAAACAAGGACAGAAGGAUAUGAUGUUUGCCAAAAACUGAUGUUUUCACAGCAUAAAGCUGCCUUCUUUUGGGGAAGGGUCAUUUUAAAACUCUAAACGAAUGUAUUUUGUCUUUAAAACCUCAAAAGUUUAAAAGUGGGCGGCGGGGAAGGGGUCGUAGCUUUUGUCCUGGGUGUUGCUGUCUCAGUGCCAUGUUGUCUUGACUAAUCUCAAAACAGGUGUGUUAAGGGGAAGAAAAAGUGUGAAAAAUAUAUAUCUCAGUGUUCACAACCAGACUUUUAAAAAAACGAGACCAAAUACAAAAUUCAUUGUAAGGUUUAUUUGGCGUUGACUUGUUUAAAAAAAAAAAGAAAGAAAGAAAGAAAGAAAACCUUCCUUAGAAAGAGUUUGUUUACUAUGAAAUUUACAUUAUUGCCUGGGAGGAACUGCAUUAUUUUUCUUCCCUUUCAUUACAUACAUGGUAUGUUUCUCUGCAGCCCAGUGAGCUUUCAAAUAAGUCAAGCUAUUUAAAAGACCAAGGCUUCCAUGUCCGUCUCCUGUGCAGUUGGAUCCAUCACCUGGUCCCCUUCAGGGACAAACCCAGGACAAGAGUGAGCAGCACAGCACUCCCAUCCUAUGAGCCACUCUGAUCACACGUGUCACCUUUUCUGUGAGCUAGAGGGAAGGAUUUAAGGAGGCAAAUGACCAGUUUAAUGUAGUCGAGAAGAGCACUGUGUGCGGUUCUGCUCUGACGUUUAUUCCUAGUGCCUGUUCCCCAUCCUAGAGGUGGAAUGUUUUUAAAACUAACCUUUUGCUAAUUGUGAUCUUAAUAAAAAUUAUUCUUGAUAA